AUGCGCAUGUGGCUAAGGAGAAGAGGAGAAGCUGACGACUCAGGCGUGCGAUGUUUCUUUCUCGGCUAUGCAAAGGACCAAAAGGCAGACACGCGGGUUUUCGAUGUCAUUGAAGAAGAGGAAAGUGUGGAGGCGUCGCUACCCGAUGCUGAAGACACAGCAGCGCCGGUGACCGAAGAAGAGCUGCGUACUCCAUUACUUCGAGCGCAGAACAGCUCUCAUCACGAACCAAGUGAUCGACCAAGCGACACCAUUCCCACGCGCGCAUCCAGCACACCCGGAAGAAAUGGAGAAGAAGAGUGGAUGGUGCGACCGGUUCGGAGGAAGCGCGGCGUGGUUCGCUACGAACAAGAAUUUCCAAAUCAUCGUCACGGUCAAUUCAAUUUGGACGACUACGAAGGUGAUUUCGACUCUUUCUACUGUUUCUCGGCUGAAGAAGAUGGGGAACAAGCGUCCAGCUAUCAAGAAGUAAUGAAGAGCAGCUUCAAGGAGCAGUGGCUACAGGCAAUGAAGAGCGAGAUGAAGUCGCUUGAAGAACACAGCACAUGGAAGCUAGUGGACAUGCCAUCGGGCAAGAAGGCCGUUGGCUGCAAGUGGGUCUUCAAGAUUAAACGCGAUCCAAGUGGCGAGAUCAUCAAGUUCAAGGCACGCUUGGUUGCGAAAGGGUUCACGCAGCGUCCCGGCAUCGACUACAACGAGACCUUUGCACCAGUGGCGCGGAAGGAAUCUAUCAACACAGUGUUGGCGAUCGCUGCAGCUGAAGAUCUGGAAGCAGAGAACGUUGACGUCGACACAGUGUUUCUCUACGGCGAAGUGGAAGAGGAGAUCUACAUGGACCAACCUGACGGUUUUGAAGAUGAAGGAAGCCCGACUAAGAAGUGUUUGCUGCAGAAGGCGCUAUACGGGACGAAGCAAGCGGCGCGGCAGUGGAACAACAAGUUGAGUCAGCACUUGGUUGAUCAAGGGUUCAAGAGCAGUCAGCGGACCCACGAGGAGCACAUCGCAAGUAUCAAGAACUCAUUGAUGGAAUAUUUCAGCAUUAAAGAUCUUGGAGAUCUCAAGUACUGCCUCGGGAUCGAGAUUCAUCGCAAGCGCGAAGAUGGAAUGAUCAAGAUGAACCAGAAGGCGUACAUCAAGCGACUUUCGGAGAAGUUCGGCGUUGAGAACUGCAAGGACGUGCACACGCCGGCGGACAGUAAUUCGAAGCUGAUCAAGUUGGGUCAAGAGGAAGCGUUUGUACCAAAGUACCCAUACCGUGAGCUGGUGGGCGCUUUAAUGUACAUCGCCACAUGUACACGACCGGACAUUGCGCAUGCGGUUGGCGAAGUUGCGAAGUUUUGCGAGCGCUACGACAAGUCGCAUUGGACAGCAGCAAAGCGGAUUCUCAAGUAUCUCAAGACGACUCAAGACUUAAGCAUCGUUUUCAGCGGCAUCAACAAGGCAGAGCUGAUUGGAUUUGCGGAUGCAAACUAG